AGUACUCAAUAAAAUUAUUCAUCGAUAAAAAUACUUAUCACAAUAAUAAUGUCUCUAUUUGUAAUACCUAUUUAUUAAAUUUUUUCAAGUCUUUCAACAAGGUGUUUUGAACAAUGAACAGUAAACGAAUAACUUUAUAAAAAUUAAUAAACAUAUUGUUUUUGUCGAUUUGAGAAUCGAAAUUAAAUUCAUUUAAUACAAUAUAGAUAUAUAAAAAAAAAAAUAUCUAAAACAUUGUAAACAAAAAAAUCAUAAUAAAAGCGGCUUAUUAAAUAUUAUAAAUCAUGAAAAAUAUUUUUGUUGGUAUUUUUUUUAUUUUUAUAACAGAUCAUACACAAGCUCUUGACGUAGUUUCUCUAAAAAUUGGUAUUCCAUAUUUUGAGUAUGGAUAUAUACCAACUCAAUUUUUAGAUAAACCAAUGUAUGCAUGUAUCCAGCCUGAAUUAAAAUAUGGUGAAUCUCUCUGGUACUGGAUUGAUUUUGAACAGCGUUCUCCGCUAUAUCAAGACUAUGACAAAUGGGUAUUAUUAUGGACGAAAGAACUCCUCAAAGAAGAUAUUGUUGACUCAUGUUUUACUAUUCCAGAACCACAACAACGAUUCACAAUGUACAUGAAUGCAACAUCAAAUUCAACCGCCGAUCUAAAUAAACAUAGAGCUUUCGAUGUAUCUCAUGGAUUAUAUACUGGAACUAUAGACGAAUUCACCGCAAGUCCAAAUGAUAAAAAAAUUUGGCCUGAUCCAAAUCGAGUGCCAGGAUAUCUUCAGAGUGAUUAUCAAUGCACUGACGUGUAUACUGUUGCUGCAAAUGAUAUAGUUACGGUUAAUUAUGGCAUAGCUACAAUACCUGGUUAUAUUCACAAACUCACGAUACAAGAAGAUAGUAUGGAAUUUCCACUUUCUAAUUGGGAACAAGAUCGUCCAGAAUAUAUAGUUAAUGAAGAAUUACUUGCAGAGGGAGAAUCAUUUCUCGAAUUUACAGCUCCAAAAAAUAUGGAUAUGCGAAUUUUUUUUUAUACUUUUGCUAGGGAGGAUCUUUUUACACCUUUAAGGAGGACAUAUGGAUUUAAUGUUACUACCCACCGAAUUAUUGACGCUGGAAAAUCAGAAACUCCAGUAACUCUGAUUAAACCAUCUGAACGUACAUAUCCAGCUUCAAUUCUUUGUCCUCGUUAUUAAAUUAAAUAUUAUUUUAUCAGUGUCGAAUAUAAAGAAACGAUUAUACCUAAAAAUAUUAAUUUGAAAAUUUAUUUUUGUCUGAAUAAAAAACAACAGUUGGUCUUUGAAUUUAUUUUUAAUUUUGAUUAUUAAUUAAUAUGUUAACAUGUAAUUUCAAUAAUUAAGGGUAAGUUUUUCAAUUAAGAAAAAAAUAAUUCAAAACAAAAAUACCAAUGGAGACAUUUAUUGCUUGAUACGAUAUAAUUUUUUAAGUGAAAUUAUUAAUUUGAAUGAUUAGUACGUAGUAUUAUAGAAAAUUAUAAAAGAAGUCAGCAUAAUCAUCUUUUAGAUGUCUUUCAGCAAUAUCAACAUUUUCACAAAUAUUGGCCAUAAUAGGUUGAUUGACAACUGGUUUAUUUGUUGAUAUUUUCAACUCACACGAAAUUAACAAAGUGUUAUUUGUGUUAUUUGAUAAAUAACGUACCAAAUCUGAACGAUAAUGUAAACAACUAACUUCUCUCUUAUCAAUUGGAAAAAACUAUUUAACUUGCAUCAUUAAUAUUUUACAUUUGUCAUUUGACAAAUGAUUAUAAAGCCAUUAAAUAUCUCUAUUGAUCAAACAUUUAAUUGCAACAAUACAUAUUGACUUUUAUUUCAUGCAAAUAAAAGAAAAUUAGAUCGUAAAAUUUAUCUCAGUACUCAAUAAAAUCAUUCAUCGAUAAAAAUACUUAUCACAAUAUUAAUGUCUUUAUUUGUAAUACCUAUUUAUUAAGUUUUUCAAGUCUUUCAACAUUGUGUUUUGAACAAUGAACAGUACACGAAUAACUUUAUAAAAAUUAAUAUACAUAUUGUUUUUUUCAUUUGAAAAUCAAAAUUAAAUUCAUUUAUUACAAUAUAUAUAUAAAAAAAAAAAUGUCUAAAACAUUGUAACCAAAAAAAAAAUAAUAAAAAAAUCUCAUUAAAUAUUGUAAAUCAUGAAAAA